AUGGCAAGAACCAAGAACCCCAGUCGUAGGGGCUCAAAACACAAGGAACCUGUUACCUACAGCAGUCGUCAGGUUCAAGUUGGAAGUGGGCAAACCUCGGACUCUAUUUAUGAAGCUGUGCCGCAGAAGGAUAUGGGUAAAUCUAAAGCACCUGGGAAGAAGUGCAGCCCCGCAUCGAUUAUAGCAAUUGUCGAGAAUGGUAUAACAAAUUCAAGGAUAGAGCUAAUAAAGAAGCUCGGAUUGGAUUUUGUUUUCCAUUUGAAGAUGAAAAGGUUUGACAGCGAGCUGCUUAUCUGGUUGAUUGACCAGUUCAAUGGGGACAGCAUGUCGAUUCAGAUGGCUGAUGGACGUCACCUAGUCCUCACAGUUGAUGAUGUGCAACGGGUUUAUGGCCUUCCUCGUGGUCAAAAGCAGGUACCCAAUGUCAACAUUAACAAGUGCAAGACACUGCCAGGACAGAUGUUGCACAUUGAUUCAAAAGAGAAGCAUUGGAACAAGCUUUGGUCCUUGGCAAAAAAGUUACCCGACGUGACUGAGGACGCGAUCUGGAUCCGGAUGUUUGUAAUGUUGGUGUUUGGAUAUGUGUUGGAACCUACAAGUUCGGCAAUUGGUCCAAUAUCAGUGUUGGAAUUCCUUCAAGACAACAGUUUCAGCAUCUUCUCUGAGUAUGACUGGUGUACGUAUGUUUGGAAGAAGCUGAAGAAGUGCCGUAUGGGCAGCAAGAUAGCGUCCUAUGCCAAUGGGGAUCUGCACCUCCUGACAUGUUGGUUCCUGUACCGGACAUCUGAAACCCUCGACAUCACCACCGACCUGCCAUCGUGCAAGCAUUAUGACCAUACUGAGGUGUACCAGAGGAGAGUUGGUAUGUUGGAAAAGCAUAUGGCUUUAGAUCGUGUGCCAUACAUCCACAUCGGCACUGAGCCCAGGAAGAGGAAUCCCUCGGACUCUAUUGUGAGGUUGAUGGAACAAAGGAAAAAGAAGGCCAAAGUCAGUGAAGCUGGAACUUCAUAUACAGCCCCUACAUUCAUUCCUGCAUUGUCUACAAGUGACCCAUCGAUUGAGGAUAUGGGUAUUGUUGAGUUGUUGGCAACUCGUAAAUGUCUGGAGGAUAUGUUGGGCUACAUCAAACUAAAGAUUGGACACUGCGACAGGCGGUUAGCAGAGCUGAAGGCUGCACCACUUGAUGAUGUUGUAGUCAACGAAACAAAUGAGGAAGACGGUGGCUAUCAAGAGGAAGGAUUAAUUGAUACUGAUGCAUCUGAUUCAGAUGCUAAUAAUGCCGAUUCUGGACAGAUGGGCGAUGAUGCUAAUUCUGGACAGAUGAACGAUGAAAAAGCUGAAGACGAACAGUCUCAGGAAGAAGGAACUCAAGAUGGGUCGUCUGAGGGGGAAGAAAGUCAGGAUGGGUCGUCUAAGGAUGAAGAAGAAGGAGAAGACCAUGCUGUUGAACCAAGAACUGUAGGCGAUGGUCAAGGCCCUGCGAACAAGGAUGCUACCGUGAUGAAGGAUGACACAGCAGAUGCAAGGAUGAACAAGGAUACUGGUGCUGAAAUAACUCCAGUCGACAGUGGUGGUCCAGCAAAGGGGGCUGCUACCGUUAACAAGGAUGAUACAGCGGAUGCAAGGAUGAACAAGGAUACUGGCGCUGAAAUAACUCCAGGUGACGGUGGUGGUUCAGCUUUUACAACCCCCAACCCAGCAAAGGGGGCUGCUCCUGAAGCCAAUCCAGUAGAUCUUCAUGGGAAAGAGAUUGUUUUGUACAACACUGGACCUGUCAUAGGUGUACUAGGGACCAGCGAUCCAAGCGGGCAGAUUAUCUCAAGCACCCUUGCUUCCAUACAAGCUGACCUAGAAAUGAAUUCAGACGAUGAUUUCCAGACAAGGCCCCCAAUGCUGCAGACUUAUAAUCUCCAUGGUAUUGUCACUGUUCCCCCGAAUCCUCCUUCAGCGAGUGAGCAUCUGCCUGAUGAUGUCCUCAGCUGGUUGCGAGUGGAGUAUGCAUGGGUAGAUGGGGAUGGAUGGGAUCCAGAAGAGGUUUUGCGGACAGACAAAGAAAGACUCGUGAUUUUGCAGCGGAAAGAUGCUCAGUUAGCACGUAUGCGUGUCAUUACUAGGCAAUUCGUUGAUUGCUAUGUCCAAAUCUUGAAUCAAAAGAUUUGUCAGUCUGGAAACUUGACCCGGUGGAUCUUCCCGACACGGUUUGCAUAUUUGGAAGGUAGAGUACUUCAGUUUGAGGACUCAGCGGCGGAGAGCACCCAAAGUGAUUAUUUGGGCGAGACAUAUCAUCUAAUUGAGGAGUACGCAUUUGUUAAUAAUCUGUCAUUCGCUGACUGCAAGUUUUGGUUUUUCCCAUAUGAGUGUGACUCAAAUUAUGUUCUAUAUUGUGUCAAUUUACGUGACAAGAAGUUUGAGUUCUUCAACCCACGUGGCGGGAAAUUUACGGAGCACCACAAGCUCAUUGGUAGGCUGGUCGUGAAGUAUGCCACUGUAUAUAUUCGUGCAAAGUUGAAGUUGGAUUACUCCUUCGACUCUUUUCUAUGGCGCAAUGUUCCUGUAUGGGUACAGGCCGAAGAUAAAACAGGUGGACUUGUGUGCCUAAACGUGUGUGAACUAUGGAAUGGGAGGCUGGUAUCCGAAUGGAAGAAUGAAUGGCAGGGGGCUUCCUACUUCAGCUCUAGGAUUGUCAAGUUGGUGAAAAGCAUACUCGAGGAUGACAGCAACAUAUUGUUAGAUCAGCUGACUGAGCAUGCUGUUGAUAAUCAUGAAGUGUUCUGUUGGGAUGGUAGUUUUUGUGUUAUGCUCGAAUGGUAA